AGAAUGAAUCCCAGGGACUCCAAGGCUCAGGCCACAUCCCCAGGUUCUUGAGUUUCCGUCUUGACCAGUGACUCCUGCUGGAGGUUGGGGACCUUGAGUUGGGGUAUUGCUGGGCUGGGUGACACUUCCCUUUCUCCCAAUGACUGUUCCCAGAGGUGUUUCUUUACCAAUACCUGGGCUCCAUCAGGUCCCAGUGAGAAAAUCCUGGCAAUGAGCAGCUGGAACCAAAUGUCCGUGCCACCAUCAUACAGCUCAAUUGUGUGGCUACCUGUGUUAUGAUUAUCUGCCUUGGGCACCCAAGCAUGAUGGCCCAGGACAGGGCCAAAGUGGUGGAGCACUGGGUUAAGGUGGCCAAGGAGUGCAGAACCCUGGAGAACUUCUCCCUACAUGCCAUCUUGUCGGGUCUGGAGAGCAUGAAUGUCCAUCGCCUAAAGAAGACAUGGAGAGAAGUUUCCAGGUGUGUGGGCCUCUUCCAUCAGAGGAUUGGGUGUCUUCCAUAUGUCUCCCAAUGUCCCCUUACCUCCUGGGAGGCAGCCAACCCUGGGGACAGGGACUGGGUUGGUGGGUGGAGUGUCUAAGCCUCCCUGGGACCUCAGGCCACCAACUGUGUUUCAGGAGUCUGUUUCCUUAAAUGUCAGACUGCAUUGAGAAAA